AUGGGCCUCGUCAUCCCGACGGCAAUUGGGGCCCUGGCCUUGUUGCUACUCUAUCACCAUGUCCUGUACCCGGCCUUUAUCUCCCCCCUACGAAAGCUGCCAGCAGCACAUUGGACAUGUCAUUUCAGUUCCAUCUGGAUCCUGGCAGCCCGAUUAUACAGGCGAGAGAAUAGGUCCUUGCACGAGGCACAUAUCAAACUUGGCCCUGUUGUCAGAAUCGGACCUGCGGAAGUAAGCGUUGAUGGUGUUGAGGGCAUGAGAGUCAUAUAUCAAGGAGGCUUCGAAAAAGGCUUUUGGUACAGCGUCUUUUCCAAUUACGGCGUCCCCAAUAUGUUUUCCACUGGCUCGUCCAAGCACCACUCAGCCCGGAAACGCAUGGUGGCAAACGUCUAUUCCAAGUCGUAUCUUCAAUCGUCUCAAGCGAGCAAGGCUCAGAUGACUCACAUUGUCUUUCAACGGCUCUUACCGGCGCUCUCGGGACAUUCAUCCAAAGACCAGUUGGCGUCCAGUAGCUCAGAGAACGCCGCAACUGCAGCUCCUGCAGAUGUCGAAGUCUUUGGUCUUUUCCUUGCCCUUGCCAUGGAUGUCAUAACCGCCUAUCUAUUUGGUUUGUCCAAUGGCACAGACUUCAUUCAAGACGAACAAUACCGUCAGUCUUGGCAGGAGAUGUACCUUGCUCGCGCCAACUAUCCCUUCUGGACGCAAGAGGUACCCAACCUUACCGCUGCUUGUGCGCGUUGGCUCCCCUGGCUCAGGCUGUAUCCGAAAUGGGUUGACGAGUCAAACGCCAAGCUCUCCCAGUGGAACUUGAAUCUCUGCCAAGGAGUCACCAAGGAUGCAGAGAAAGAUACUACGCAAGGCCGAUCACAUCGAGCAAAGUCCAGCACGGAACCAUGUGAAGAGCCUGUUGUUUUCAAUGCCCUACAAUAUGGUAUCGACCGCGAGUUGCGAACCAACGGAGAGAAAAGCAUCCUGUACAAGACGAGCAUUUGCGAGCGUGAGCUUGCUGUAGCCUCUGAACUUAUGGAUCACUCGCUGGCAGGUCAUGAGACUACGGGGAUGGUUCUCACAUAUGCAACAUGGCAUCUGUCAAGAUCUCCAGAUCUACAAGAACAACUCCGUUCUGAGAUCAUCUCCAUCGGGUCCUCACUCAAGCUUGGUGGAUCAUCUACAACCGAGGCUAACAAUUCCGGGAAUUCAACGUCCGACCCAAGCCUACCGGAUCUCAAGGCCCUGGAUGCGCUGCCACUUUUGAACGCAAUCGUUAUGGAAACUCUUCGUCUGCACGCGCCUAUUCCUGGACCCCAACCGCGCGACACGCCCAAGGACGGUUGCAGCAUAGCGGGCUAUCACAUCCCCGGCGGUGUAAGAAUCGCAUCAAUGGCCUACAGCCUUCAUCGAGAUCCAAAAGUUUUCCCACAGCCCGAGUCAUGGAAGCCGGAGCGAUGGUUGCUCCAAGAUGGCACGGAUACAGAAAGUAGUCAUCGUGAGAUGCAUCGGCAAUUCUGGGCUUUCGGAAGUGGAGGACGUAUGUGCGUCGGCUCCAACUUUGCUCUGAAUGAGAUGAAGGUCAUUCUUGCUGCUAUUUACGCCAAUUUCCGGACAACUGUUGUGAAUGAUGAUGGAAUUGAGCAAGAGGACGCUUACACGGCGAGGCCGGUUGGGGAACAGUUGGUCUUGAGGUUUCACCCUUUGGAUAUCUGA